AAUGCGCCUCCAAUCUCGAGGCUUCCGUGCGAGAGGUUCUCAACUCGAUGCUUCUCAAAUUCGACAGUAGCUUCGAUGGUGUUCUUCUCGCCUCCUUUCGCCCAGAGAUUUUAAAGUUUGGCCACAAGAUCCUUCCGCUGCUUCCUUACUUCACUGUGCGACUAAAGGCCGAUUUGCUUCUCUUCUCUCCAAAAGCGGGAAUGCUCAUCGAAGGCAAAGUAAACAAAGUCGAGAAGGAUUACAUUGGAAUGCUGGUUUUGGGAUUGUUUAACGCGGCAAUAGGAAUCAAUGACAUCAGGCAAGACCUCUUUUACGAUGAAGUGGCUACUGAGCAAACUUGGAUAAGCGAGAGCGAUGAGCGGCAUUGCAUUAGAGUUGGGAGCAGGGUCUCUUUCCUUGUUAAGAGUGUUCAGGAAGAGGAUGAAUUUAUUGACAUCGUUGGGUCCCUUGUUCCUCCGGAGACCGGUGCUUUAGACUGGAUCGCAUGUCUUGAGGAAGACAAAGAGGCCCAGCAAGAACAACAAACACCUGUUAGCGAGAAAAGCAGGAGCAAGCGAAAGACCGAGGCCGAGUCAAGCAGCAGCAAGCUUAAGGUCGAGGCCGAGCCGAGCAGCAAACGCAAGGAGCACAAGAAGAAAAAACGAAAACGCGAACAAGUUCAAGAAGACGAGGAACACUGAUCUCGACAGACCGGUUCUAAGUUCUCUCAUCGUUUUUAUUUUUUUCUGUACUGCUAUAAGUCUUUCUAACAGAGCUGACUCGCUCGAAUGCUCGAUCGUAAAUCAUGUAACGAGCUCCUGGGAAGCUGCAAGACUCUCAAAGCGGUAAAACAAGCCCACGCUCGUCUUCUCCAAAGCGCUACUUCGACUCUCGACACUUAUGCGUCGAACAAGCUCCUCGACUUGUAUGGGAAGCUCGGAGCAGUACAUGAAGCUCUCUCCAUCUUCACGUCCAUCGCCAACAAAGACGUAUUCUCAUGGACGUUCAUGCUUACUACAUAUGCCCGAAGCGGGCAUCUCUCUCGGGCAAAGAGGAUCUUCGACGAGAUGCCCGAGAGAGAUCUCCAUUCGUGGUCCGCCAUGCUUGCAGCCUUUGCAAGCCACGGCCAACUUUUCCAGGCUAAAGACCUCUUUGACAGAAUGUUCGAAUGGAAUGUUGUGUGCUGGACAACCAUGCUAAAUGCAUAUGCCCAAAAAGGGUAUAUUAAAGAGGCGAAACUGGUGUUUGAUUCCAUGCAAGAGCGUGACAUGAGGUGCUGGACCGCGAUGCUUCGGGCAUAUGCCCGAUCCGGGAAUCUUGAAGAUGCGAGGUCUCUUUUUGAUAAGAUGCCUGAGAGAGAUCUUGUAUCAUCAACUCUCAUGCUUACCUUACAUGCUAGUGACAACCUUUACAACUUGAAAGCUCUUUUCGACCAAUUGCCUGUGAGCGAUCUCUCUGUAUGGACUGUGAUUUUGGUGGCAUAUUCCCAGAAAGUCGAUGAUGCCGCAAGAAUCUGGAACAAAAUGCCGGAGCAUGACCUGGUGGUAUGGAAUGCCUUAUUAACAGCAUAUUCUCAUUGUGGGCAUCUUGCCGACGCAGAGAGAGUUUUUUCUUCAAUGUAUGAAAGAGAUGUCAUUUCUUGCUCUGCAAUGCUAGAUGCUUACAGUAGAGCUGCGUCUGUCACGCAUGCUGAAAGAAUAUUUGAGAAGAUGCCAGAGCAUAACCUUGUCUCAUGGGUCAUCAUGCUAACCGCAUAUUCGAGCAAUGGGUAUCUGGACAAAGCCAAGCAAGUGUUUGAUUUGAUGCGUGAAAGGAACCUCUAUGCGUGGAAUACAAUGCUAGUGGCAUAUACCGAGGGUGGCUAUCUUGACCAGGCCGAAUACUUAUUUGCUUCGAUGCCAUCCCACGACAUUGUGUCCAUCAACACUCUUAUAUCCGGAUAUUCCCAUGCUGGGCAGACUCUAAAGGCAAAACUCGUGUUUGAUUCCAUGGAAGAAAGAAGCAUUGUUUCCUACAAUGCAAUGAUUUCUGGUUACCUUCACAAUGCGGAGCUCAACAAUGCCAAAGACAUGUUUCACAGGAUGAAAGAGCACAGCCUCAUUUCAUCCAACACGAUGCUCUCGGUAUAUGCCCAAGACGGGAAUAUGCGAGAGGCUAAAGCACUCUUUGACUCAAUGCAGGAGAGGAAUCUUGUCUCCCAUAACGCUCUCCUGUGCGGAUAUUCCCAGAACCGGGAUCUUCAGAUGGCAGUCUCUGUGUUCUAUUCUAUGCAAGAAUGGGACUCGGUGUCAAUCAACGCCAUCCUGACCACAAAUGCCCAGAGUGGACGGCUAGACGAGGCCCGUCACUGCUUCGACACUGCCCCGGAAGAGCUAAAGAGCCUAGUGACGUGGAACACCAUGCUGACGACAUAUGCCCAAAAGGGCCACGUCGAUGCCACUGCAAGCUUGUUUCUUAGAACAAAGGAGCGCAACGUUGUGACGUGGAAUACCAUGCUCGCAGCAUAUGCCCAAAAUGGGCAUCUUGAAAACGCUCAAUUCAUGUUCCAUACAAUGCCACACAAGGACCUCACGUCCUGGAACACGAUGCUCUCUGCAUAUUCACAGUGCGGCCACCCCUCCCAGGCAAAGACUCUGUUUGACAGCAUGGACUCUCUCGACACAAUCUCCUGGAACUCAAUGCUCGGCGCUUACUCCAACCACGGAAUGUCCCAAGAGGCGCUCUCCCUGUUUCACGAGAUGCUCCUCACAGUGCCACCCAACUGCAUCACGAUGACCGCCACCCUGGUCGCCACAAGUCAACCGGGGAGCCCCGGCAGCGCAAGCGCCCGGUGGAGGUCAACGGCAUUUGACUUUGGUCUGACAGCCACGAAGGAGCACUACAGCUGCAUGGUCAACGUCUUGGGGAAGGGUGGCCACAUCCACGACGCCAUUGAUCUCAUUCUACACAUGCCAUACGAGCCGGACACGCUACUGUGGACGAGUUUCGUUUGGGCAGCAUCGGGGAAAGAAGUAGCGAGAGAAGGGCCUGACUUACACGGGCUGGAGACUUUCUCCGUUCUUCUCUACAACUUCCAUAGGUCGCCUUCUUACUUUCGUUCGUAGGCGAGGAUUCAAAGUCCAGGAAUUUGUUUUUGUUGCACGGGGAAGGAACGCGUUCGAACGAAGCAGCGUUUUGACGGAUGUUUGUUCAAGGAUUUUCCGGGACGGAUGGAGAGGAAUAACCGUGUAUAAAAGUCAUUAAUGAAGCUGGGGUAUCUCCAAGUGAUAGGAAGCGAUCCCAUUGGAACGGUUGCGAUCCCAUUGGAACCAAAAGUCUAGCAAAGUUGGAGAGAGAGGAAGAACAAAUGUUGUCCAGAGUUGGAGGAGAUCAAAGCAAAAGCACUCGGAAGUGUCGGAGCAUGGAAACUCGCCUAAUCUUCCAGCUGCUGCUGCUGCUACUGCUGCUCCUGGCUGGAGAAAUCCACCAGGAACACGUUGGAGCUUCUGGUGCUUCUCUCGUUUCUUCUGCUGAUGAAGCAGGAGCACUGCAUCAUCGUAAACUCUUGCAGGAUUUCACGGUC